AUGCUGACCCUGCCCUUGAUGCACGUAAGUUUUAUGAAAAGGUUUCAAUUUGAGCUUUGUUUUCUGAGCUCAAUUUUUUUUAAUGAGCUUUCAUACUAUUUUCUUUAUAAUAAAAAAACUGAAAAAAAUCUAGCAGAAAAAUUUGUUCUCUUUCAGACGCCAUUAUGGCAAAAGAGAAAAAGUUAGCCGCCCGUCGAUUUUGGAAAGUCCAGCAAGGCAAGAAGUUGGAGCCCAAAGAUGACUUCGGGAUUCCGCCUGUUCAAAAAACGUUUAUCACGGGUGAUGAAAUCUACCGGAAGGCCAGAGAGAAAAUAAUGCCUGAAGACGUCCAGGAGGCGCUGCAGAAGUACGAAGAAGUCAGGAUGAGCAUCGUCAAAAGUGGAAAGUUCGAUCCUCCGAAAAAUGCGAACCCCAUUUCGGACACUCGUCAGAGGAAUCGUGAACUGAUGGCUGCGAUGAAAUGUGCGAGUCGAAAGACAGUCAAGCCCGGCGCCCCCUUUUAUAAGGACCCGUCGAUGCUCUUAGACAACAGAAAGUUGAUCAAGGGCAGUAAUGAGGGAGAGCUGCCGAAAGGAUCUGAAACGCAGUCCCAGGACCAAACAAAGCCGUCGGUGCCCGCCUCCAAGGACAAGGGUCCCGCUCCUCAGAUCAACCGCGAACCUGCUGGCACUGAAGCUGUUCCCAAAAAGGCAGCCCCGGCAAAGAACCACUCCAAGAAGCCGCCCUCGCAGGAGACCACCUCGAAGGGAUCCGUCGGAAAGUCAACGAUUAAGGUCAGUUUAGAUGAAAAAAUUCGGUUUUCGGAUGUUGAGAAAGCUUGGCUAUCACUUGUGAAAGUCGGCAGAAAAAAACUUAUUAGGGAACUUUUUUUUUAAAUGUCUUGCAAUAGAUUUUGUUUUCAAGUUAUGGUGCUUCAAAGUUCGCAAAAUACGCAAAUUAUGACAAAAAGCGCUAUCUUUUGCUUUGAGGCGUCCUAACUCGAAAACAGAUCUAUUGCGAGAAAUUUUUUUUCUUGUUCUGCAAUCUGGAGGAUCUACUGGGAAAAAAAAUUAUUGACCCUUCUAGGGGAGAAAUGUCACCAGUCAUACUGGACACUACUGGGCAUUUCAAACUCCGUUUAGUGGCCCUUCUGAAGAAUGAUACUGGCCAUUAAAUGGAGACGACCAUAAGAAGGUACACACUCCAUGUAGUAGGUACUUGGGAGAAACGUAAGAAAUCUCGUAGUAGGCACUGACCGUCGCGCCAGGCUGACUUUUGAAAAAGUCAUUUCUGCCUUCUGGGCGUUUAUGGCAUGGCAGGCAUGGCGGCAAGUGGGCAGACAUCCUCCACCUCUGAAACUAACCAUUGAGCUCAAAAAGCGCAACAAACUUUUUCACGACUAGCGAAAGGACAAGGAAUGACUUUAAGAUUAAGGAAGGCGUUUUGCGUCUUAUCUUUUGAUCUUUAAGUGGUCCUUCUCGCAGUUAGAGGUACUAAACCCAAACUGUUUUGCGAAAUGACCCCUUGGAUGCCUAAUUCAUUUUUACUCUUCUUAGUGGACAUUUUCGCUCUCUUUCCAGUGGGCCAUAAGUACGCGUCUCCCUACAAGGAGCACUUCCCUUUUUUCUAGUAAAGUGAAAAACGUUCCCUAGUUAGGAGCUUCAGAGCUGAGAAAACUUUAGAAAAAAAAAAAUUAAAAGACGCAGAAUUGAGCGCCUUUUAAGUUGAUUUCGGUCUCACUUUUCAGCUCACCAAAAACAAGGCUGCUGCUGAGGCUCCGUCCCAAGCUGCAGGUUUUACUGAAAAACCACUGCCGCCGCCAAGAGUCAAGGAGCCGGAGGUCGAUCCCAAAUACCCUGGACAGAUCCCUAAGGAAGUUAAGCCCCGAUCUCUCUGCAAACCUAUGUGGAUUGAUACGACUUCUUGCGCGAAAAUCGCAGAACAAUUCUCCGGAGAACCCGACGAGCUGAGUUAGUAGCCUCGAAAAACGAUUUAAAAAACGUUUGCCAUUUUCAGUCCAUACUUUCACAGCUCUCUCGAUGAUAUCCGACAAGUUCGAAGAAGUUAUCAAGGCUCACACAAUAGGUAAAUAACUAUCUUGCGAUUGAAGCUUUAGAACGCCGAGAACCAGUUGAUUAUCAACCGAUCCAUAAUAAUGUAAUUCAGCCUCGAGCGUUAUCCGAAAAAUGAUAGAAGGUUCCGUGUUAGCCACGCGCGGAGCCGUUUUCGAAACGACCAUUCUCCGUGACCGCGAGAACGAUCUGCGAGUUCCCUUGGUUCGGGGUUGCCCGUGCAAGGAUGACGGCAAUAAAGGGUACAACGUCCAGGGUGGGUAACUGAUUUUUUUUUACUUUAUCUUUUUUUCCAGAUUUUUUGAUGGAAUUAAAGGCGUUGCGCCACGAAGGCGGGGAGGGGGACAAAACCCUCUACGCUCUUCUCGAAAGUGCCGAACGCCUCCGCGCCCAGAAGUUAGGCAUGGCGGGAAAAAAUUACACCUACUACUGGAAUAGUUCGUUUUACCUUUAUGCGAAGAAAAAGGAUAUGGAAAAAGAAAAAAUUUCUAGUUGGACCAGUAGUGUCUGCUGACGGAACGCCCCAGAUUUUCCUGCUAUUUUGAGUGAAACUAAAUAUCGUGGGAAACGGAUAAUAAGGAGUCAAUCAGUGAAAGAAAAUGAAAAUUUAUUCAUACCAUUGAGUACCGAAGAAAUCCUAACAAUGUGACCUCUUCGCGAAGCGCGUUGCGGUCCAUAACCUUGAAAUAUUGGACAUUUUUCAAAAAAACAAGUUUCAGAGAAGACGACUACGGUGGAGGCGGUCCUUCCGGGAGAAACAUACGAAAGAGCCAUGAUUCGCAAGGCAGGUGAGAACUUCCGGUUUUUAAUUCACGGCAUAAACGUGGAAUUGUUUUUUUUUUUCAUCAAAAAAAUUGUCUGACAAUUUCAAAAAUUUUCAAUUUUUUUCAGAAGAGAUGGACAACCUUGCUAGAAUCACUGAACUGUACAAGAUUCGCAAGUUCCGCCUCCGAGCGAAUCGUAAGGCAACUCGGAGCGUCAAAAAGGCGAAGAUGUGCCACCAGCUUAAAAAAGUAGACACCAAGAAGCCGAAAGACGACAAGAUGGUCGUCGAUAAUCAGCAGAAGAAGGAGUGGAGGAAUGAGGCGAAGAAAAAUGAGAAGGAGAAAGAAACGAAUGAGCAGGAAAAAGAAGAGAAUAAGAAGGAAUAA